AUGGCAGGACUUGAUUUGGGAGCCAGCUCCUACCUUCAUCACCACCACCACAACCUUCACCUCAGCCACGAUGAUGCUGCCGGCGGAUCGGACGACGGCCAGGACGCACUCUCUCCGGGCAGCGGUGGGGGAGGGAGCACUGCUGGAGGCGCAGGGAUAGGUGGUGGGGAGGUUGUUGGCCGACGCCCGCGCGGCCGACCGCCGGGAUCCAAGAACAAGCCCAAGCCGCCGGUGAUCAUCACCAGGGAGAGCGCUAACGCGCUGAGGGCGCACAUCCUCGAGGUCGCCGCCGGGUGCGACAUCUUCGAGGCGCUUACCGCCUACGCGCGCCGCCGGCAGCGCGGCAUCUGUGUGCUCUCCGCGGCGGGGACUGUCACGAACGUGACUCUCCGGCAGCCACAGUCUGCACAGACCGGGCCGACGUCGUCGCCGGUAGCUACGCUCCAUGGCAGGUUCGAGAUACUCUCCCUCGCCGGCUCCUUUCUCCCGCCUCCAGCGCCGCCGGGGGCCACCAGCCUCUCGGCCUUCCUUGCUGGCGGGCAGGGACAGGUGGUUGGCGGCAGCGUUGCCGGCGCACUCGUCGCUGCCGGGCCGGUGGUCAUCGUGGCCGCAUCGUUCAGCAACGUGGCCUAUGAGAGACUUCCUCUAGAGGAAGGCGAUGAGGUUGUCCCUCCGCCGGCGCCUGACCAGGCUGGCGGGGGCAUGCCGUUCGGAGCUGAUCCGUCGGGCGGCGCCGCGGCUGGUGGGCUUCCGUUCUUUAACCAGCUGCCGAUGGGUAUGCCGCCAAUGCCAAUGGACGGCCACAAUGGCUGGCCUGGAGCCGUCGGUGGUGUCGGGAGGCCGCCCUUCUCGUGA